AUGAACACUAUGCUGCCGGAAGCUAGUGCCUUUAUGCUCUCGCCUCAGCGUACUGAUCGGCGGGUAGUGCACCUUUAUACGGAUGCUUCACUAGAAGCCGAGGACGGUAUGAGAAUCGGCGGCAUGAUUUUUUCUGGUUCUGCACCGAAGCCAUACGUAUUCUACUCGGAGGCCACGCAAGACGAUCUGCCGCCUCGACUUCGCCAAAUGUUCCACAGGAUGCACAUCGGAGUUGCUGAAGCGCUCGCAGUACGAGUAGCACUGCAAAUUUUCAAGGACCUCGUCAAGAAUUCGCUGGUUAUCGUCCACGUCGACAAUCUCGGCGUUGUUUUCUCAUGCUCCAGAAACUCGGCUCGGUGCCUCCUCACGCAGCGGAUUUGUUCUUCGAUUCAUUUGAUCAAUAAAAUCUUCGAUGUCGAUACUUUUUUCACUUGGAUAGCAUCAGCUAGAAACUUAGCGGACCCACUCACAAGAAUGAAGAAAGUCAAGUGCUUACUCCAAGAAUUUAACUGUCGACAUCACUCAACGCAAGAAGUAAAAGACAUCACUUCCGACCCAACUACAUGGAAUUUCAACGACUAAGUAUCCCAAUAAAAUUUUGUUUUAUCCAUGCUGUCCUAGCAGAUAACUCUCGUUCAUCUGUGAAAUAAAUUCCAAGUACCUAAAGUUCUUCGGCCUUACUCCUUCUCAGCCUUAGCCUAUGAUCCUUAAAAAAUUAAAUUAUGUAAGGUCACAAAAUUGACCCACGGGUGACUAAUAUUCUCCACCCCGAAAGGAUCAGGUUAGGUGUGAUUCUAAUAGUUGGUAGGUCGCUAAAAACUUAAGGCACUUGCGUUUUACGACCUAAAUAAAUGAGGUCGGUAUGGAUUUGUUAUUGCUUUCGCUUUGCUCCUUUCUAGUAUCUGUGUUCUGUGGUGUUGAUGAAGAUCUUUAUGAAGGCUGGAUCGGUUUGGUCAUAA